AUGGCAAAGCUUCCCCCAUUCAACAAGGCCACUCAACGUCCGCAAGCCGGUAGGACACGGUCUAAGGUACUCUGGCAUCGCAUUACUCGUUCCUUGUGCUAUCUGAUUGCCUGGAUCUUCUUGCUCCUGGUGUGUAUAGGCAAUGUCGCCGACAAACCCGUCAUCCGAGAGACCUACUUUCUCAAGAUCGACCUGGCCAACAUCAUCCCCCUCUCCGUCCCCAAUGCCGUCCUGAUCAACACCAUUGCCCGAACCAUCGGACUGCACGACUUCUACCAAGUCGGCCUCUGGAACUUCUGUGAGGGCUACUUGGACGAGGGCAUCACGCACUGCUCCAAGACCAAGACGCUGUACUGGUUCAAUCCCGUCGAGAUUAUCCUCAAUGAGCUUCUCUCCGGCGCAACGAUUGCUCUGCCCUCCGAUAUCACUUCCGCCCUCAAGAUUGCCCGCAUCGCCUCCCACUGGAUGUUCGGACUCUUCCUGACUGCCACCGUGCUCAGCUUCAUCCUCAUCUUCCUCUCCCCACUGGCCGUUUCCUCGCGGCCCCCGCAGACCAUCUCCGCCGACCCAGCCGUCAAUCAAACCCACCCCCAGCACCGCCGUCGCACCUUCGUCUUCCUGCGCGCUUUCCCCUUCCUUCUCCUCACCUUCUUGGCCGCUCUUUUCACUAUCGUCGCCUCAGUCGUCGCGACAGUCAUGUUCAUCAUUUUUCGCAAUGUUUUCACCUCCUCCAGCUACGACCUCAACAUCGGCGCCUCCCUCGGCACCCGCAUGCUGGCCUUCAUGUGGAUCGCCUCGGGGUUCAACCUGAUCGCCUUCAUUCUGCAGCUGGGUUCGUGCUGCGCCUCCUGCUGCGGCGGCCGGAAGGCACGGAAGCAGUUGAAGCGG